UCAUCUCCUCCUCUGUUGAGUGAUAAGCCAACUGUCCAGUGAGCAGCAUCCGAGUUGGGCUCCAGGCAGGAAGCGCUGUAGCGCGCGUCCAGGGGCGCGGCGUACAACCGGACGGGUGGCUCUCUUCGCAGCUCGAGGAGGCGAACCGGGCGGCAGUGCCAUGGCAGAACAGGAUGUGGAAAAUGAGCUUUUGGAUUAUGAUGAAGAUGAAGAGCCCCAGGCACCCCAGGAGAGCACUCCAGCUCCCCCGAAGAAAGAUGUCAAAGGAUCUUAUGUCUCCAUCCACAGUUCUGGCUUCCGGGACUUUCUGCUGAAGCCAGAGCUCCUAAGAGCUAUAGUUGACUGUGGCUUUGAGCAUCCUUCAGAGGUCCAGCAUGAGUGUAUUCCCCAAGCCAUUCUGGGUAUGGAUGUCCUGUGCCAGGCCAAGUCUGGGAUGGGCAAGACAGCUGUGUUUGUGCUGGCCACCCUGCAGCAGAUCGAGCCCGUCAAUGGCCAGGUAUCAGUACUGGUCAUGUGCCACACGAGGGAGCUGGCCUUCCAGAUCAGCAAGGAGUAUGAGCGCUUCUCUAAGUAUAUGCCCAGUGUCAAGGUAUCUGUGUUCUUUGGAGGCCUCUCCAUUAAGAAGGAUGAAGAUGUGUUGAAGAAGAACUGUCCUCAUGUUGUGGUGGGGACACCAGGCCGGAUCCUGGCACUUGUGCGGAGUAGGAGUCUCAACCUGAGGAAUGUGAAGCACUUUGUGCUAGAUGAAUGUGACAAGAUGCUGGAACAGCUGGGCUCCCUUUCCUGAAGCGUGGCUCAAGGCGCACUGGCAGGGCCGCUCCAUGCUGGCAGCGAACAUGCGCCGGGAUGUACAGGAGAUCUUUCGUCUGACACCCCAUGAGAAGCAAUGUAUGAUGUUCAGCGCCACCCUGAGCAAGGAGAUCCGGCCAGUCUGCAGGAAGUUCAUGCAGGAUCCUAUGGAGGUGUUUGUGGACGACGAGACCAAGCUCACACUGCAUGGGCUGCAGCAGUAUUACGUCAAGCUCAAGGACAGUGAGAAGAACCGUAAGCUCUUCGACCUUCUCGACGUGUUAGAGUUUAACCAGGUGGUGAUCUUUGUCAAGUCUGUGCAACGCUGCAUGGCCCUGGCCCAGCUCCUAGUGGAACAGAAUUUCCCAGCUAUUGCUAUUCACCGAGGCAUGGCCCAGGAGGAGCGCCUGUCCCGAUACCAGCAGUUCAAGGACUUCCAGCGCCGCAUCCUGGUGGCUACUAAUCUCUUUGGCAGAGGUAUGGACAUUGAGCGAGUCAACAUCGUCUUCAAUUACGACAUGCCAGAGGACUCAGAUACCUACCUUCACCGAGUGGCUCGUGCUGGUCGUUUUGGUACCAAGGGCCUGGCAGUCACUUUUGUAUCAGAUGAAAAUGAUGCCAAAAUCCUUAAUGAUGUUCAGGACCGGUUUGAAGUGAAUGUGGCUGAGCUUCCAGAAGAAAUAGAUAUCUCCACAUACAUUGAGCAGAGCCGGUAACCACAUGUGUAGCCAGGGCACCAUGGCCACACUCUUUCCCAGCUGCUGCUUCAGAUCCUCUUUCUAGGUGACAAAUCGGUGUCUCAUUUUAUUGUUCCAAAGCUUUAGCUAUGUAAGAAUAAAGUUUUAUUGUGAAUGCC